AUGGCCUCAUUACGAGGGCAGAAGGGCUUCUUCGGGUGGGGGAGGGCAGAGGCCGCGAUGGGGGGCUGGGAACCAAAGCGCAGGAAGAAUUUUGUACACAAGGGUGUUUACGCCGAAGCCUUCAAGACACAGAGGAUGUCCGACAAGGAGGAAAUGCCUUCAGAUGGGAGUUUAAAUGUGACACUGACGCUGAGGCUGCUGAUGCACGGAAAGGAAGUCGGCAGCAUAAUUGGGAAGAAAGGAGAAACGGUAAAGAAAAUGAGGGAGGAGAGUGGAGCUCGCAUCAACAUAUCAGAAGGAUCAUCUCCUGAGAGAAUAGUCACCAUCACAGGGCCCACCGAGGGAAUCUUCAGAGCCUUCUCCAUGAUUGCAGAGAGGUUUGAGGAGGACAUUACAGCAGCAAUGAUAAACAGCAACGUGACAAGCAAGCCACCUGUGACACUUCGUCUGGUUUUCCCGGGGAGCCAGUGUGGCUCACUGAUUGGCAAAGGAGGCUCAAAGAUCAAAGAGAUCAGAGAGACCACAGGCGCUCAGGUUCAGGUGGCGGGCGACAUGCUGCCGGACUCCACAGAGAGGGCUGUCACGAUCUCCGGCACUCCACAGGCCAUCACUCAGUGUGUGAGACACAUCUGCUCGGUAAUGCUGGAGUCUCCACCAAAAGGAGCAACCAUUCCCUACCGUCCCAAGGUCCUACCUGCUGGAGCCCAUGCAAUGAUGGCACCCCAACACCCAGCACAAGCCUUUGCAAUUCCCGGGCAGUACGCGUUCGCACAUCAAGAUUUGACCAAGCUUCACCAGUUGGCUAUGCAGCAUAUCCCCCUCCCUUCCCUUGGGCAGAGCAACCCUACCUUCCCUGGAAUGGAUGCUUCUGCCCCCACAAGUACACAAGAGCUGGCAAUACCUAAUGAUUUUAUUGGCUGCAUAAUUGGGAGACAGGGCAGCAAGAUCAAUGAGAUCCGCCAGGUCUCUGGAGCUCACAUCAAAAUUGCCAGCGCCACUGAUGGCUCAGCCAUGCGCCAAGUCACGAUCACAGGCUCGCCGGCCAGCAUCAGCGUGGCUCAGUACCUCAUCAACGCCAGCUUAGAGAUGGCUAAAUACACCAUGCAGGCCGCUUCCUCUGCGACCGGUGUUGACCUCAACAUGAGCCUCUCUCAGUCUGCCCCCACUGCCUCCACCGCUGCUUCUUCCAUGGCCGUCCUGGCGGCCGCCACCUCAGCCCCCACCAUUAACGUCCACUCUCCCUCCACCUUCUCAGCCAUUCAAAACCCGCACUAUGCCGUCCCCGUUUCCAGCCUGCUUGGCAUGAAAACUCUCCCUGUCCUGACUGUCCACCCGGCAGCCGCUUCCGGCCUAACACAGGGCUUGUCCCCUUACGCCGCGAAAAUGUCCGCCGCCGGAGUUAAAAAAUCUGAGCGGCAGAAGUUUGCUCCCUAUUGAUGCCAGCUUAGUCCAGUCUGUGUAGCUGACAGAUAAGGUGUUAUUAAAAGAUGGCAGAUAAGUUAAUAUGAACAUAUAGGCUUGGGAAUGGCUUACACCAGUGUGUAGGUUUCUCAGCGUGCCACGUCUUUUCCAUAAGCCAGAGGGAUAUUAAACGGACACUGAAAUGGAGAUAGUAUUAAAACAUGUCUUCAGUAAUUAAAAGAGGCUGAAGAAGUGCAUAUUGACUCAGUAUUAUCACAUGAACAUGCAUAACAAUUAACGAGGGGAACUCAGGCUUGUAUUAAUAUCCAGGGAGAAUAUAUUUUUCAAAUGAAUUCGUGUUCCAGAGCUUUAUAACACACUUACUCCAGUAGAUCCACGGUUCAUAUUUUGACUUAGUUUUCUAUCUGUGUAAGUUUUUUUUUCCUAUUACUUUUUUUUUCUUUUUAGAAAAUGCAAACUAGUAUUAUGAGGUGUGGUGCUUUGUCGGCAGCAGGCUGUGAAAAAUGUUUGUCAUGUACAAUAGAAGUCAGUGUGUGAAUUAAUUUUUUGGAAAGGACUGCUCCAGUCUUCUGUCAUGUGUCCUCCUUUUUCUUUCACUAUAGGCUCUCAUCAGUGUUAACUGGCUUGGGUGUUCUGUAGUAGCGUUGCACUGUUGCAGCUCUGAUGGGAUUAUCUUAAAGCCACAAUGGAUUCUGGUGGAUUUCACUCUACCCAGUAAUCCUGUAGAGCAGGACCGGCCUAACUCAAUUUACUGGUUCUGUACAUGAGCUUGCUUCCUUGUUUAUUCACCAGCCUAAACAAGUGGAGCACUUCAACUUUCAGCAUCUGAAAUGAGCACCGAUCAGUUUAUUUUUGCGGAAUGUUUUAUUCAUGUGUUUCUGAUGUAUGUUUACCCCACCCCCAAACAAUGCAAAUUUUUAAUAUUUGCAAGUGAAGUGACUGAAAUAAAUUGAACUUUUUAUGAACGUGUGAAGGUUGUCUUGUUCUUAUUUCAAUAAUUGACC